GAUUUAGUCAUAGAGAAUCCAACAUGGGCGUUCCUUUUUGUCGUCUGCAAAGUGUCAAAUGCUUUGCGUUAUUUAAAGAUGGACGGGAUUAGUGAUAGUAUAUAAAAAUAAUUCAUUAUCGGUACAAAAAUUUUGAAACAAAGAUCUGAAUUAACGAACGUUAUUUAAUGAGUUUUUGUGAUUAAAUUAUUUCUAUCUUUGAGAAACGACAAAUGUACAUUUCUUAUGUAUAAUAAUUAAUAUUCGCAAUAGAAUAUACACAUACAAAAAAAGGAUUCAAGCUGGUUUAUAUAUAUCAAAGGUUUCUGUGAUUGAACUAUUAAUUAUUAUUAAAUAAAUGAUCGUAUUAUAAAAACGUAAUAAAUCUAUACGCAUCGAAGAGAGAUAUAUCAAAUAGUUACUGUAUAUCGAUUAUUGAAAACCAUCGAAAAGAAGGUUAUGCUUGUCGUCAAGUGAAAAAUUUUAUGUGUGUGUGUGUAUAUAUGCGUUCGUGUUACUAUGCUAUUUAUUCACUUUUAAAUGAAUAACGAAAGAACAACAUGCCGAAUUAUUAAUAAUAUUAUGUGUGUUAGAAAUAAGAUAAUUAUCAUUUUAAAUUAUCGUGUGCCUGGAUGUUCGAAUUAACUAAUUUCGUUUAUCUAAGAUAUAUAGAAUAUAUAUCUAGAAAUCAUUUCCUUUUAUUGGAAAUUAUCUGAUAUGUCAUAAAGGUUUGAUCUGAAAAGAAGGCGCUGAAUAUUUUGACAAAUUUGUAUCAACGUCAUACAAACUAAUUUAAAGAUAAGAAAGAGAUUUAAAUAUAUUUGUAAAAUGUCUGGAAACAAUGCAAUGACAGUAGAUACGCUCAGAAGUGGGAACAUACACAAUCGUAAUUCGACAAGAUCAACGCUUUUGAAAGUAGUAAUUUUGGGUGACGGCGGAGUUGGAAAGUCUUGUCUUAUGAAUAGAUUUGUAUCCAAUCAUUUUGACGAACACAAUUUUUAUACCAUUGGUGUAGAAUUUUUAAACAAGGAUAUAGAAAUCAAUGGCGAAUCUUAUACUUUACAAAUAUGGGAUACAGCAGGACAAGAAAGAUUUAAGACUUUGAGAACUCCGUUUUAUAGAGGUUCUGAUAUUUGUCUUUUAACUUAUGCUGUUGAUGAUAAAACAAGUUUUAAGAAUUUAGCUCUGUGGAGAUCAGAGUUUCUUUAUUAUGCGGAUGUCGAGGAAGCAUCUACGUUUCCAUUUAUAGUUGUAGGAAAUAAGGUGGAUGUUUUGGAAACGGAGAAACAAGUAACCACAGAAGAAGCCAAAGCGUGGUGCGCUGAAAAUGGGGAUCCACCAUUGGUAGAAACGUCUGCGAAGGAUGCUACUAAUGUAGAAGCAGCUUUUGCAGCAGCAGUUGCUGCAUGGGCACGAUUGGAAGCUAGAUUAGAACAUCCGAUAGUUGAAGAUACCGUCGACCUUUCCAAACAACUGUCUCCACAACGUUCCAGUUGCUGUAUGCCUGUUUCCGGUGCCGAAUCUACAUUUGUGACCAGCUAACUGAAAUGGGUUCUUAUGAAGAUAUAGACAUGAUAAGAAAUAUUUAUGAUACGAAUCAACAUUUUUGGAAGGAACACUUUAGAGUUUCUUUACAAUUGGAAGGAACAUAAUGCGUCUCAAAUUGAACUAAUUCCUAAAAUGGUGUUUAAACUGUAUUUAGGAUGUAUAAGGACAUUGUACCAAAUAAUGUAAGAGAGAGAUUAUUAUUUUCCUUUGAUUUCAUCGAUUGACAAUCUACUUAUUUAGUUUCUUAACAUUCUUCCACAAUAGAAAAAUUCAUUUUGUAGCACUUUGUUCGAUAUUUGAGAUUCUUUUUAAUUAUAUCUAACUAGGUCUAACAAAAUAAUUUGAAGAGAAUCUUGCCCAGCCUUCAAUACUCGGUUGUUAAUUACGAGGCCAAUGUUUCAAAUAAGCUUGAAAUAAGUCCAUGAACAAAUAUUACGGUAUAAUAUUUCUUGUAUGUUAUAUAUAACAAUUUUUUAGAUGUUCUCUCAAGAAAAAUAUUUAUGUUAUUAAAGUUUCUGCACAAAUCUUAUUAACAGGACUGUUAGUUUUAAUUUGCUAUUAUUAUAGUACGUGCUCCGUAUAUAUUUGAGUAUCUUACAUACAAAUUAUAAAAAAUUAAUUAACGUGUAAGAUACGUAUUGCUGGAAUAUUGAAAAAGAAAGGGAAAAAAAAGAAACAAAGAGAAAGAACGAUUAAUAAUAUUUCAAAAUGUGCUUUACACAGAUCAUAAGCUAUUGACAGUAUUUUAAGUGUUAUACACAUCAUCAGCUUGUGAUAAAUAUAGUAAUAAUACUAUUAAUAAUAAGAAUAAUAAUUAAUGAUCAUUAUAAUAAUAACGAUAAUAAUAAUGAAUUGUUUUAUUACGUAAAACAUACAACAUAUAUAAAGAUUAUAAUUAAGCUUCGUAACGUAAAUUUGCCUUAUCAUUGCAGUAUAAAAUUAAGAACAGUAUGAUAACUAUAUUUCUAUUUAUGAUAUAUUCCUUUAAAUUAUCAAUCUGUGUACAGAAUGUCUGAGAUUUUUUCAGCUAAGCUGUGUCAGCGUAUUUUAUCUACGAAAAUUAGAACAAAAUGUUAAAUAAACAUAGGUCAUUUAAAGCUUUAUUUAAAAGCUGCAAACAUUUAUUAUGUAUUUGAUUUGUGUAACAGAAAUACUCGAAUCGUUGUAAGAGAGUAUCAAUGCAAAUUUCUUGGUAAAAGAGUCAAGCAUUUUUCAGUGUUUUCGAAUGUACAUUUAUAAUCACCUAAAACAGAUUCACUAUCCUACAGCAGUGUCUAUUAUUUUUUUAUUUUCAUACAUAAAAUAUGCUAACACCAUUUGGUUAGAGAAACCUCAGAUAUCCUGUAUAUAUACACAUAAUAUCUACAUUUAUAUGUAUAUGUAUACAUAUAAAAUUAACAUUUGUAUAAGAAGUACAGAAUAUUUUGCGCUAACUGUUUGACAAUUUUCCUACGAAAAUAAUAAUAAUAAUAAUAAUGAUAAUGAUAAUAUGCGAGAUAAAAAGAAAGCUUUUUGAAUGAGUGUGUACAUAUCUGAUAAGUUCUUAAAGCAAUAGAAUUCUACUUUAAAGCUUUAAAAAUGUGUUAUGCGCUAUUGCAGAAAAGUACACGAAUAUAUUGUGUAAUUGUUCUUAAGUAAAAAAUUUAAAAUCAAUCAUGUACACGACAUGCAUGCUGGUGCUUUUUGUAUAGCUCUAUGUGAAACGUAUAAAUUUAUAAUAAAAUAUGAAG